UCAUGACAAACAUAAGCACAAGGCAGAUUUGAAAACAAUUCUGCAACUUCAUCUCACCAUCCUCAUUCCCAGCCUUGUCUUAUGAUCAACCCAAGCCAAGACCCUUUUCUGUCCCACACCCAAUUUCCCAUUAUGCUCAAGCUCCUCAACAAGAACCUCCACCGCUUCUUCUCCCAUCUCCGGUGGCCAAUUCGCCGCCGCUCAAAGUCCAAAGUAGUAGUGAUCAAGAAGUUAGGUAUGCAGAGCCCAAAAUCUCAACACGAACCAAGCACGAAUUUUUCCGCGGCGGUUCAUCCCAACGCUCAAUUGGGUAGUCCAAAACCCGAUAAACCAAUUCGGAUUGCGACCUUCAACGCUGCACUGUUCUCCAUGGCACCGGCGCUUCCCAAGGAAGAAGAAAAAGAAGCCACCUUUGACGACGAAAACAGCGUCGCCUUGAAACUUGGAAGACCCUUUGGCCUCAAUUCAAGAUCAAAAUCCACAAACGACCGCCCCAAAAGCAUUUUGAAGCAAUCUCAAUCUCCCCUGAACAGACCUAACAACCUCGGCAACAACAACCAACACAAGUUGUCGAAAUCGAAGAUGAGAGUUUCCAUCAAUCUACCAGACAACGAGAUUUCGCUGCUUCGAAGUCGACAAUCGAGCUUCUCGGAACACGAAAAGGAGAGACCCUUGGUGGGUUUUGCGGUGAACAGGAGUAGCACAACGUUGGUUGAUGUUCUGAGAGAAUUGGAUGCUGAUGUUUUGGGUUUGCUAGAUGUGAAGGCUGAGGAAGAGAAUGGGAUGAAACCAUUGUCUGAUUUGGCUGCAGCUCUUGGUAUGAACUUCGUCUUCGCUGAAAGCUGGGCACCUCAAUACGGCAAUGCCGUUUUGUCCAAAUGGCCCAUCAAACGUUGGAAUGCUCACAAAAUCUUUCAUCAUACUGAUUUCAGGAAUGUUCUGAAGGCCACUAUCGAUGUACCCGAAGCAGGUGAACUCAACUUUUACUGCACCCACCUUGAUCAUCUUGAUGAGAAUUGGCGGAUGAAGCAGAUAAAUGCAAUAAUCCAAUCUAAUGAUGAGCCUCACAUCUUAGCUGGAGGUCUUAAUUCACUGGAUGAAUCGGAUUACUCCCAAGAAAGAUGGAAAGAUAUAGUAAAGUACUACGAAGAGAUGGGAAAGCCAACACCAAAAAUUGAAGUGAUGAAAUAUCUCAAGAGUAAAGACUAUACAGAUGCUAAGGACUAUGCAGGGGAAUGCGAGUCAGUUGUCAUGAUUGCCAAGGGUCAAAGUGUCCAAGGGACAUGUAAGUAUGGAACUCGGGUAGAUUACAUAUUAUCAUCCUCAAAUUCUCCAUAUAAGUUUGUUCCUGGUUCCUAUUUAGUCCUUUCUUCCAAAGGGAAAUCAGAUCAUCACAUAGUGAAAGUUGAUGUGGUGAAGGUAAAUAGCAAUCCUCAAGAAAAUGUGACAAAGAAACCACAACCACCAAGACAGAAAGUGGUAAGAAUAACACAAUCGACUCCAUCAAAAGGUAUCUGGAAAAUAAACGGGGGAGAGAUAGAUUGAGUGCUUCUUUACCCCUCAGUUUGGAUUAGUUUGAUGAUUAAAUAUUGGGAAUGAAGCGUUUGUUUUUCUUUCUGCUUCCUAAUCCUAUGUUCUGUAUACAGCAUUCUUCAAUAGAUUUAGAAGAAUAUGAAAGAAGAGGGUGAUAUGUCAGUAUGACACUUUUUUAAAAAAUAAAAUAAAAUUGUAUAGCUUUUGAUC